UUAUGGUCAAAAACCUUUUUUUACAAACGGGAACGAACGAGGACGACAGAAAGUGAAAAGUAAAAGGAUGAGCUAGCUUCGUGAAAAGGGCAUUUUGGUUAUCGCCCGUUACAUGACUCGCAUCGAGUGCUGUGAUCGUUUGUAAUUUUCCAACAGGUUUCAAAUGGGGGAUUGGCUUUUGUUGCUAUUUUAGUAACGCCAUCAAGAAACGGUUUGAGAAUUCAGUUCAUUAGAGCUCAUUUGAACUUUGACAAGAAUGCAAUCAACGACAAGCCGAUAGACAAUCUUUCUUCCUGUAUUGGUAUUGGAAUACUUUUGUCCAGGGGGCCGAUGAACAAAAACCCUGGUCAUGCUCAACAAAACUGCUGACAAUUUCAAAUCCCUUCCCAAUAUACCCAUCCCAUAAGCCAAACAUAUGCCCAAAACAACUUUCUUUUGAUUCCACAGGGGAGACAGGAGAGACAACAAGUUGAAGGAAAUGAAAAUGCUCAUUAAGCAAUGAAAAAAGAUUGUGGUUUACGUGACUAGAACUGUCUUCCUUCUUUGUUAAAGGAGUCACACGUGUAUUCUGCAAAAGAAGAACAAGGCCGUGUGCGCUAUAAAAGAAAACAAAGUCGUCGUUUGCCCAUCGCUAGCUGGUUUAUUCCCCCCCGUCGUCGUUCGUCAACACACACACACAUCUAAUAAUGGGAAAGGCACGAAACCGACGCCGACUGCCACAGCAACAGCCGCUGCAAGACAUUGGACAAGUUGACAAGGAAGAAUUGUGCAAGGAACCUUUGGAGAGUGUCAACAAAGAGGCGGGAGAGAGUGUUUGUGUUGACGUUGCUUCUGAAACUGCAUUGACGGCAGAGGGAGCUGUCGUUCUGGAAACCGUUGCUUUAAAGCCACCACCGUCACCAUCACCACCCAACGAAAAGGAGGAAGCUCUAGAGCAAGCUACAAAGCAACCGCCAAAGCAGCCUUCGCCAGACCUCACUUCAUUCACACCUGCCAUUGCCAACCCCGUCGCAGCAGAACCUUCAAACGUUCUGCGCCCUCCGAAACCCACUUCCCACCCACCCCGACUCCCAACUCCUCGUAUGACGCCCACAGCAACUCCCCUCCCAACUGCGCCUCGUCUGGAAUGUACUGUUGUGCCUGGUCGCUCGGUUGGCCCAUUUAUAUUGGGAGCACCUAUUGGGGAGGUCGUCGAGCGGUUGAGAGGAAUGGAGGGGGUUGUGCCUCGGGUUGAGUGCAAGUAUGGGGAUUUGAAUCCGUUGGACAUUGAUAUUGUGCUGAACCUUCCUGCAAACGGUGUUUGCAUGCGAUUUGAUCCAAAAUCGCAGUGUCUGAAAUCCAUUGAAUUGUAUGAUUUUUCGAAACUUUCCUUAUUUUACAAUGGGGUCGAAUUCAACUCCUACAAGGUCCUACCCACAUUUGUACACAUUUAUCGAUUAUUUGGGCCGAUAUAUCCUGGCGAAUUCUGCGAGGAAAAGAAGCACUAUGUGUUGAGUUAUCCGGGGAUAUCAUUUAUGUUCCCCAUUCCGGACAAGUACAUUCCCCUGCAAAACAUUACAGACCUACCUCUUUCGUUCCCUGACGGUACAACUCCCGUCCUAAAUCGCAUUUACGUCUACGCUGGCGCGGAAAAAUGGGAGGACGCGGUUCCACCUACUCUAUCCCAACUUGAACCCAUCACCGCUGAAUUGAACCAUGGCAUUCACAUUCCCCAACGCGACUGUACACUCAAGUUUGGCGCGCCCGCACAAGAUGUUUUGGAUGCGCUUGGGAAACCAGAAAAGAUACUAGAGAAGGGUGAAGAUAAGAUGAAGAUUUUUGGAGUGGAUGUUGCUGAAGAAUGUGAUGGAGGAGGAUAUUUCUGGAAUUAUUUUUCGCUAGGCAUUGAUAUCCUCUUUUCCGGUACUACGCACACCAUCACGAAAUUCAUCCUUCAUACAAACUUUUUGGGAUGCUGGGAGUUUGGAGAGUAUACGAAAUGUCGGUUCCAGGUUGUGGGUUUUGAGAAUGGUGCUGUGAUUGGGUGUGACGAUCUGUGGAAUGACGUUCAAAGCACGUUACCAACACCAUCACCCCGCCCUGUUGUCUUCAAUAGAGGGAAUCAUCAUAAUCCUUUUGGUUCUACAUGGUUUUACGGAUUCGAUGGGGUUGUUUUUGAGGUUAUGAAAAAUGGGUAUCUGGCUUCUGUAACAUUGUAUGCCUGAGACCGAGGGUGAGUCUGUAGCAUAUGCCCCCAAGUUUAGUUGAGACGAGUUUGUAGAUAAUUCUUGUAAUAAUAUCGAUUGUGCAUGCAAGUAAUAGUGUUUCACCCUGGC